GGCGGUGUGGAAGUGAGGCGCUGAACCGGAAAGAGAACGGACGACAUGUUACGUGUGGAGCCGGGGACGCAAAGGAAUGCGCUGAUAUGGCUGGGGCUGGGCAUAUUCUGGGCUCUGUCUGUGAGGGCAGCGCCUCAGCCUGAGUGUGAAGUCUGUAAGGAAUAUCUGGACAGAUUUUACCAGUCUUUACUAGAAAGGAAUAUUGACUUUACUCCAGCGACCAUAGAGAGAGAAUUAAUCAACACAUGCAGAGAUGCUACAGGAAAAGAAAACCGCCUGUGUUAUUAUUUAGGGGCCACAAGUGACGCAGCUACAAAAAUUCUCAGUGAGGUUACACGUCCUAUGAGUGCACAUGUUCCAGCAUACAAAAUCUGUGACAAGCUAAAGAAGAUCGACCUUCAAAUUUGUGAACUUAAGUAUGACAAGGAAUUCGAUCUAAAUACUGUGGACCUGACUAAGUUGAAGGUGGCAGACUUGAAGAAGAUACUAGACCGAUGGGGAGAAGCAUGUAUAGCCUGCAUAGAGAAAACUGACUAUGUACAACUCAUAAAGGAACUGAUACCUAAGUAUGCAUUGAAAAGCCAUAAGGCGGAUCUAUAAAACCUACAUUAGGUGAUAUCCAAAUAAAAGCGAAUGUUUCUAUACUUAAAUUAAAUGUAGAAGCAAACCACACAGACAUGUCAUGUGUAAUUGUCUUUUGUGGAUAGGGAUAGUUAGAUUUUCAAACAUAUUUAAGUCAAUAAGUGGCCAAUGGAUUGGUAUACAACCUAAGAUAUAAGAAAAGUGAACUGUAUACAGUAACUGAACGCCCAUUAUACUGGACUGGCAGAUGCAGAGGAGUGCCCUAAAGGAUAGGCAAUUUAUAUACCUUCAGAAAUCAGAAAUGAUUGUUGUAUAAACAUCAAUGGCCACCAAUUUUGUACAAUUUUGUCAUAUCAAGCGUGAAUAUGAUUAAAGGGAACCUGCCACAUUGAACAUGGUGCUGAAUGUAGCAUGUUAUAGAGCAGGAGGAGCUGAGCAGAUCGAUAUAUAGUU